AUUAUCGCGUUAAUAAUUCAACAUAUUUAGUAUUUAAAUAUUUGUAAGAUUUUCUAUAUAAAAGUUGUUGGAGAUAUUUUGAAUAGAUGAAUUUCUGUCGGAAUUUUAAUAGACGUGUGGGUAAUAAUUUGAUAAAUAUGAGAAUAGUACAAUUCAAAUUGGAGGACGAAAAAACUAGAAUCGGUAUCGUAAACGGUAAUAACGUUAUAGACGUCAAUGCAAACGACUCGACUAUACCAAAUUCAUUAGUAGAUUUCUUAAAUCAAUCAGAAGACGUUUUGGGAAAACUAAAAAACGUUGCCGCUAACCCGAAAUUACAAUACGAUUUAUCCAAAGUGAAAAUUUUAUCACCGAUAACUAGGCCUGAUAAAAUACUGGGUGUAGCUUCGAAUUACAAAGAUGAUUGUCAGAUGAGGAAUAUACCGUUUCCUAAAGAAUUAACUGUGUUUAAUAAAUUCGGUUCGGUGAUUAUUGGUCCGAAUGAUCCGAUUCCCAAGUCGCAAGCUACAAAUGCACUAGAUUGGGAAGUAGAGUUAGUGGCGGUAAUAGGGAAAAAAGCAAAAAACGUUAAAGCAAAAGACAGUAUGGACUACGUUUUCGGUUACACGAUGACGCAAGAUUUGACAGCUAAAGAUUGGGUAAUGAGAAGUAACGGUCAAUUAUUGAUGUGUAAAAAUUUCGAAGGUUUUUCACCGCUAGGUCCUUGGGUAAUAACAAAAGAAGAAUUAGGCGAUCCUUACGAUGUUAAAUUAAAAACGUGGGUUAACGGUCAAUUAAAACAAGAUGGACAUUCUAGUAAUAUGAUACAUAAAAUUGACGCCAUCAUCGAAUAUUUUUCAAGUGUUAUGACUUUACUUCCUGGGGAUAUUAUUUUAACUGGAACACCUUUUGGAGUAGGUGCUAGUCAAAUACCGCCACAAUAUUUACAAAAAGGAGAUUUAUUAGAAACCGAAAUAGAUAAAAUCGGAAAAAUGUUUCAUCGAAUAGUAUAAAUAAAUUUUUGAAUUGUAA